UCCCCUUCCUUCAACCAAGAGAAAAAGAAGAGAGAACGAACAUCUUCCUGCUUCAAUAGAAAUAAGGGGACCGAGGAAAACACAAACUAAAUAGACAAAUAAAACAAACAUUGGCGAAUAUAGGCAUUAGCGUGAAAACCGUGUCUCACAAAGCAACAUGAACGGACACGCCAUCCUCUACACCGGGGUCACUGUGGCCUUUUGGACUACGAUUCUCAUCGUCGGCACUUGUUAUACAAUAUUUGAUCUUGGAUUUCGAUUUGAUGUGGGUUGGUUCCUGACAGAGACCUCACCGUUCAUGUGGGCAAAUCUGGGAAUCAGUUUGGCUAUUUCCUUAUCUGUGGUUGGUGCUGCAUGGGGUAUUUACAUCACAGGCUCCAGCAUCCUUGGUGGUGGUGUGAAAGCACCCAGGAUUAAAACGAAAAACCUUGUCAGCAUCAUUUUCUGUGAAGCUGUCGCCAUCUAUGGGAUUAUUAUGGCAAUUGUCAUUAGUAACAUGGCUGAGAAUUUCAGUGGCACCACCCCUGAGACGAUUGGAGCAAGGAACUACCAAGCAGGUUAUUCCAUGUUUGGUGCUGGUCUAACCGUGGGCUUCUCCAACCUGUUCUGUGGUAUCUGUGUUGGCAUUGUUGGAAGUGGAGCUGCGCUUGCUGACGCACAGAACGGCAGCCUUUUUGUAAAGAUCCUUAUUGUGGAAAUCUUUGGAAGCGCCAUUGGAUUGUUCGGAGUCAUUGUUGCUAUCUUACAGACAUCUAAGGUAAAGAUGGGUGACUAAAAGAUGUGACAAGGCCAUACAAUUCACAAGACUUCCAGAAGAAGACAAUUCUGGGGACGAGACACAGAUGAAUUGUGUAUAUUAAUUUAUUUAAAUGUUGUUGUUUUUUUCUUGACAUGUUUGACAUUUUUAACCCAUCAUUUGCUGAAGAGUGACUGACUUUUGUGAUUUAAAACCAUUGAUAGUGACAAUGUAUUUGCACCAGGUUGUCUUAAAUAAAUGUAACUGUUUAGUUUAAAAUAAGUAGUGAGCUUGUCUUUUAAGAUUAUUCCCCUUAAAUCUGAAAAUUAGGUGGUGAUGACAGGCCAAAAAGUUAAUUCUUAAAGGUUUAAGAUCAACUAACUAAUGGUAUGGUUUUGUUGGUAAAUGGGGCAACAUUAAUGUCAUAUUUUUUAUUAUUGUAAAGUUAUCAAAAUACUAAACUUUAUUUAAAAAGCACCUCUGCUUGUCCAAAUCUCUCUGUCUUUAUAUAACUCCACAAGAGUAACAACUGGAUGCUUUAGAGGUCUCAAAAAUAUAAAUAUCUUCUAAAUGUGUUAAAGAUGUCAAACUGAUAGGUAGACUCAUAUCUGCUCACAGGUACAGAUGACUAAAUGACUUCAUGCACUCCAUUGGUUGACGGUUAAUUUCUAACAGUGACCACACAGACAUCUCAUGUUACUGCAGUCUAAAGGGUGUUAGCAAUACAGUCAAGGGUUUGAAUUAAUUUCAAAAUCCAGGCAACCCCCACUGGUUGAGAUUAAAUAAGCAAACAAUAUGUUCUUGUGCUCGGUCUAGUCACAAGGGAUUAAGGCAUAAUGGUGGACACCAUACUCUUUCAAUGUAUUUUAAUGAAAAGAAAUGGCAUAUGUACAGUUGAUCUUAACCAACAUUUGUGUUUGAAAUACUAUGUGCAUUGUGUCAGAUGAAGAAAUAAUUAAAUGCUUGUGCAAACUGUGAA